AUCCCUGGUCAUUUCGUUUAUCUGUGAAAUUCGUAUUCUUCUGAUUGGGCGUAAAUAAUUGCCAUGUGCAGCAUUGGCGAAGAUGAUUUUGGAGACGAGGGGGCCGUCCAUGCCAUGGUGGCUGAAUCCCUGCCCUCGGGAAUCGUCCUCCGCCCAGGGGAUUGCAACAAAUGCGGCCUAACCUCCAGCGAACUCUAUAAACUAAACUUUCGAACGGAGGAAUGCCGCGACUGCUUCCUGGCAUAUGCAAGGCACAAAUUCCGGGCUGCUCUGGGUGCAGCCAAGAUCCUGCCACGAAACGCCGAGGUGCUCCUUGUGCUGGACGGGUCCGCAGAGUCUUUAGUACUCCUGGACAUGCUACACUUUGCCCAAACGCAGAACACGUUUAAAAGACUUCACUGCAACGCACGUGUGCUCUACGUGGAGGAUCAGCAAGUGCAGGAGCGUGUUCCAAUAGACAUGGAUGCGAUCAAGACCUUGUCUACCCAAUAUACUCCCUUUGAGUUUUAUGUGAUUGAGUUGGGUGCCUUGCCCAGCUCCUUGCAGCGAAUCAAGGAGUACAGUCCUUCUCCCAAAGAAACCAACGAGCUUUUAAAGAAACUGGGGAGUCUGCGCAGCCUGACAGCUCGCCAGGAUUUCCUGCAGCAGCAGCGCAAAAACCUUGUUGCCUCGGUGGCCGAGAAGUUACAAUGUAGCCAUGUCUUUGAGCCCAGUAUAAGUGUGGAUUUGGCCACCCAGCUCUUGAUCGCGAUAGCCCUAGGACGUGGUGGCAGUGCAGCCUUGGAUGUGGCUCUACUGGACGAUCGGUUAGCAGGCGAUAUAAAAUUACUGCGACCCCUUAAAGACCUUAACGAGCAGGAGAUUCAGUUCUAUAUACAUGCCCAGCGGUUGAAGACCCUGCUGCAGAGUGGCUCUCGAUAUGGUCAGGAGAGAGGACAGACAGCCAGCUUACAGAACCUCACGACGGCCUUUGUGGCUAACCUGCAGAAGAAUUACGCAUCCACCGUGUCCACAGUGUUCCGAACUGGUGACAAAAUAGCAGUCAAUGCCCAUCCAGAGCAGGCAUUUUGUAUCCAAUGCCAGUCUGCCCUAGACUCCGAAAUCUCCGACACUCUGCUGGCUAUUGAGUAUUCAAGAUCUGUUUCAGAGGCCGGCGUAGGUCUGUAUAAGAACGGAGAUGACCUCGAAGAUUUGGCAAAGAGGCGACUGGAUGCACAGGAUGGGCUGUGUCACGCCUGUCGCGGCAUACAGGCAGAGCUGGAGAGCGUUUGGUGUUAACGAGCGACUGCAAUGGCAGAUGACCGUCGCAGGGCGGGACGUUGGAUGCCAGAACGACCCGGUGGAAAUCGUAGACUAUAUAUCGGUUGUAUUGCUGGGCCUUG